UCUACUUACAGGGAGUUUGUAGCCGGGGAGAGAACUGCCCGUUUCUUCACACCACGGCCAGGGAUCAACCUUCUUCGCUGGCUGCGUCCAUGGCGGAGAGAUCGCUCUCGGGCAGGAAAGCGCCGUCGAUUAAGGGGUUGUCCAACUCGUUUGCGUCGAUGAGUUUGGCCCGGAGGAAGGUUGCCCGUGACGAUGAGACGAGCAGUGAGAAGCGCUCGGCGAGCACCGAGUCGCAGGAGAGUGAUCUUAGCGGGGAAUUCAGGGGGCUCUACGAUUCGACGCAACAGCAGCAGCAGAAGUUUACGUCGCUGGAGGAGAUUGAGGGGCGGAUUUACGAGACCGCCAAGGAUCAGCACGGCUGCCGGUUCUUGCAGAAGAAGUUUAGUGAGGGGAGUUUGGAGGAGAUUGACAAGAUCUUUGCGGAGGUGAUUGAUCACCUUGUAGACUUGAUGACUGACCCUUUCGGGAACUACCUCGUCCAAAAACUCCUGGAGGUUUCCAACGACACGCAGCGCAGGGAGAUUUUGCGUGUCGUCACCAGAAACGGGGAGCUCGUCAACAUCUCCUUGAAUAUGCACGGUACACGUGCUGUUCAAAAACUGAUAGAGACACUCAAGUCGCCAGAGCAAGUUUCCAUGGUGACAAGCUCGCUCAUGCAAGGCGUAGUGACUCUUAUCAAGGAUUCUAAUGGAAAUCACGUCGUCCAGAAAUGCUUGCAAAAGCUCAGUAACGAAGAUAUCCAGUUUAUUAUUGAUGCGGCGGCACGGCACUGUGUGGAUAUUGGUACACACAGGCAUGGCUGCUGCGUACUCCAGCGCUGUAUUGACUUUGCCUCGGGAACACAGUGCCAUUUUCUUGUUUCCGAGAUCGCCGCAAAUGCUCUGAUUCUUUCGCAAGACCAAUACGGUAACUAUGUCGUUCAGUACAUCCUCGACCUCGAACAAUCUUGGAUAACUCUGGACGUCAUCUACAGGCUGGAAGGGAACUUCGCGUUGCUCGCCAUGCAAAAGUUUAGCAGCAAUGUCGUGGAGAAGUGCCUCAAGCAGUCGUCCGAGGACUCGCGCGCUCUGAUCAUUCGCGAGAUCAUCACCAGCUCCCUGCUGAGCCAGCUGCUCCAGGAUCCUUUUGCGAACUACGUCAUCCAGUGUGCUCUCUCUGUCGCAAAGGGAUCUUUACACACGGCGUUAGUGGACGCUAUUCGCCCACACGUUCCAGUGCUACGCAGCAGCCCUUUCGGGAAGCGCAUUCUUUCCCGGGCUAACAUCAACAAGAGGUGAGAGCAAAGCUCGGGGGCUUUGCUACUUCGCGCGCGAGGUGCAUUACAAACGCUCUCACUCAGCUCUAGUCUUUCUUUCCUCUUUCACUUUGGAGUCGGGCAUGUAUAAUCAGUCACAGGCCGCACAUCUGACACACAAAAGUUGCUACAUUCGAAGCUAUGGAAGGAAAAAACAUCCCAAAAAAAACACGAGGAGGUCCAAGUAACAGUAUUUGUACCAAGUUUUAUAUAAGAUCACACGGGGAUGGGGCGGGGGCUUGUAUGAA